AUGUCCAAGAUGCCGGCCAAGAAGAAGAGCUGCUUCCAGAUCACCAGCGUGACCACGGCCCAGGUGGCCAGCAGCAUCACCGAGGACACUGAGAGCCUGGACGACCCAGACGAGUCCCGCACCGAGGAUGUCUCCUCCGAGAUCUUCGAUGUGUCACGGGCCACGGACUACGGCCCGGAGGAUGUCUGCGAAAGGAGUUCUUCCGAGGAGACUCUCAACAACGUGGGUGACGCCGAAACUCCCGGUGCUGUCUCCCCUAACCUUCUCCUGGAUGGGCAGCUUGCGGCAGCGGGGGCCGCGGCUGCGCCUCCGCCGGCUGCAGCUAACGGGGGGGCCAUGCCCAAAAGCACCGCGGUGCCCCAAGUAACUGCUGUCCAAAUCCCCUCCGCGGCGGCAGGAGGCAGCAGUGCGCAGGCUUCCGCUCCAGGGACCAUGUCUCAGACGACUGCGGCCGCAUGCAGUUCACGCUUCAGGGUGAUCAAGCUGGACCACGGUACGGGGGAGCCCUAUAGGCGGGGACGAUGGACGUGUAUGGAAUUUUACGACCGGGACUCGGACAGUAGUGGCGUCCUGGCCAGGACUGGGGAUUGCAUUAGACAUAGCAGCACCUUUGAGCAGGCUGCUCAGGAAAGAGAUAGUGGCUUGGGUGCCACGGGGGGCUCCAUGGUAAUGUCGGCGGUGCCAGCAUCGGCACAGGGCCCAGAGUCCCUAGCUGACAGCUCCCUUACUGCUGUGUCACAGCUGCUCCAGACGGAGAAAAUGAACCAGCCCUCUUUACAGCAACCUAAUUUUGUCAUUGGGCAGCAACAGCAGCUGCAGCAGCCCAUAGGUGGGGCCAUUCCUCAAAGUACUGCUCAGCCGAUGUAUUCUGGGGCUACAGUAACGAAUCAGCAGACUGUGGUACUGCCGCAGCAAACCCAGUCACAGGUAAAUGCACAAAGUGUUGUACAGGGGGGACCUAACGGGAAGGGUAUGCCACCUCCGAAUGUAACAGUAGCCCAACCGAGCAUGCCCAUGUCACAGCAGCAGGUACAGCAAGCAAAUGUACCAGUGACUCAACCUCAGCAAUUUGCUUAUCCUCAGCCCCAAAUUCCACCAGUGCAUCUACUGCCAACACAAGCUUCUGGCCAGACAGAAUACAUGCAACACAUGACAGUUAUGCAGAGUCAAGGAACUAUUCAACAAGCUACUACAAGCUCUGUUCCAAGUACUGGGGCUUCCAGCCUUCCUGUGGGCCAGGUGGCUGGCCAGAAUCCUUCACCUGUUGGAGCACCGAUGAUGGGAGUUUCACCACAGCCUAGUGAAGCAGUGGGACAGGGAUCAGGAUUGAUGCAGAGUGGCCAGACUCCAUCUAGUCAGACUGUCAUACCGCAGCCGGGAGGUGUGGUGCAGCAAAGCAUUGGACAUACAGGGGUUGUACAACAGAAAUCCAUUACUCAGCAUCAAAUGGGUGGAAGUAGUCAAGUGUCUGGAAUGCCUGGUGCUCCUCAUGCUAUAGUCUCUGGAGUUCAGAACGUGCCUGCAGUUGUGCCCGGUACAAGUGUGCCUAGUGUGUCUACCACUUCUGUUACUAUGCCAAAUGUCCCUGUUACUUUAGUUCAGUCACAGCUGACCAGCCAUACACCUGUCAGUAGGAGUACCGGUGUUGUCCAACAACAUGUUGGACUUUCACUAAUGCAAGGCACAACUAAUGUACUUACAAAUCUGCCACAAUCCAACCUUGGACAGUUUCAGAGUCAGACUCAACCUUUAGUAGGCCAGAUUGAUGAUACUAGAAGAAAAUCAGAACCCCUACCUCAGCCACCACUUUCUCUCAUUGCUGAAAGUAAGCCUCUUGUGAAGCCUCCCAUUCCAGACACUCUCACAAAUCCUCUUCACUUACCUGCAACUACUCCUAUGAACAGUCUUGCCAGCUCUGUAUUUGGCAUAUCUAUUCCUGUUGAUGGUGAUGAAGACAGUGCGUCUGGUGCAAGUGUUGUAGCCAUUGACAACAAAAUAGAACAGGCAAUGGAUCUGGUGAAAAGCCAUUUGAUGUACGCAGUCAGAGAAGAAGUGGAAGUCCUGAAGGAACAAAUAAAAGAAUUAAUCGAAAGAAACUCUUUACUUGAACGAGAAAAUGCACUGUUAAAAUCUCUUUCAAACAAUGAUCAGUUAUCCCAACUCUCAACUCAACAGGCCAAUCCUAGUAGCACUUCACAACUGCAAACAGUGAUAGCACAGCCUCCUCAGCCAACGCAACCUCCACAGCAGCCGAAUGUUUCCUCAGCGUAAAGCUUUUCUUUCCUCAUUAAGAAAAAACUGAAAGCAAUCUGUCCUUGUGUGCCACUGGUGUUCUUUCCACUUUAUAUGAAAGCAAGUAGCCAUGCUUCAGUUGUGUGUUUUGGCCUUUUCAGUAUUAGACAAUCAUUCUACAAGAGCUUUCCCUCACUUUGAGAUGUCAUACAGCGCAGUUGGUGUCCAGUUAUGUCAUCAGUGCACAAGGGAAAUGGUAGAAGGAGUUAAUGCAAAGAGUAUGCAUUUAUUUGGUGCGCAUGAGUGGGGUCUUUAAGAGCUUUGAUGGCUCUCCAAGGUUUCCAUUACCCAUGGAUUACUUUGAGCCUUGCUAUCUCAUGUAAGAAGUAACAAUUCAUCUUAAGAGCCACUGUUCUUUCAGUAUAAGUAACAUUUGCCUAUAUUAGUUUCAUUUAUUUGUUUUAUUUAUUACAGGGCUGCUAUUUUCAUAAUGUACAUGAACAAUGUCACAGAACUUUUUUUUUAAUUUUUUUAAUAAAUGUAAGUAUCAGUAAAAAUUGAUAGACGGGAUUGCGUUUAAUAGAUAAAAUGUUUAGGCAAUAAUUGAACAAAAGAAUCCUGGCAUAUUUCUAACACUAAUGGCAAUUUACCUUUGGUAUUUAUUGACGGUAGUCAAGACCCAGCUUGAAUGUACAUUUUGUAUAGAGUGUAAGUAUGAAGACCAUAGUGCAUCUGUACAGGUAGUCACCAGUUAUUGUGAUAUAAUAAAUAAUUGAUGGGCUAUUUUGAUGAAGAAAACUUUGCUCAUUUCUGUUUCUACUUUCUAAUAGAGAGAAAUUGCCAUGAUUCCUCUGCUUUUUGACAUUU